AUGGUUGGUGGACUACAUGUGGGAAAAGACAAGUCCAAGCACCUGGAUGACGAAUAUGAGAGCAGCGAGGAGGAGAGAGAGCCUCCUGCGGUCCCACCGACCUGGAGAGCAUCGCAGCCCCCAUUGACGGUGCGGGCUCAGAUGGCUCCCCGGCCCCCAGUGGCCCUGAGGUCCCAGGUACCCUCAAGACAUGUACUGUGCUUGCCACCCCGCAACGUGACCCUUCUGCAAGAGAGGGCGAAUAAGUUGGUGAAAUAUCUGAUGAUUAAGGACUACAAGAAGAUCCCCAUCAAGCGCUCAGACAUGAUGAAGGAUGUCAUCCGAGAAUACGACGAACAUUUCCCUGAGAUCAUCGAACGAGCAACAUACACUCUGGAAAAGAAGUUUGGGAUCCACCUGAAGGAAAUUGACAAGGAAGAACACCUGUAUAUUCUCGUGUGCACACGGGACUCCUCAGCUCGCCUCCUGGGAAAGACCAAGGACACUCCCAGGCUGAGCCUCCUCUUGGUGAUUCUGGGAGUCAUUUUCAUGAAUGGCAACCGUGCCAGCGAGGCUGUCCUCUGGGAGGCACUACGCAAGAUGGGACUGCGCCCUGGGGUGAGGCACCCAUUCCUCGGAGAUCUGAGGAAGCUCAUUACGGAGGACUUUGUGAAGCAGAAGUACCUGGAAUACAAGAAGAUCCCCAAUAGCAGCCCACCCGAGUAUGAAUUCCUCUGGGGCCUGCGAGCCCGCCACGAGACCAGCAAGAUGCGGGUGCUGAGAUUCAUCGCCCAGAAUCAGAACCGAGACCCCCGGGAAUGGAAGGCUCAUUUCCUGGAGGCUGUGGAUGAUGCUUUCAAGACGAUGGAUGUGGAUAUGGCUGAGGAACAUGCCAGGGCCCAGAUGAGAGCCCAGAUGAACAUCGGGGAUGAAGCUCUGAUUGGACGCUGGAGCUGGGAUGACAUACAGGUGGAGCUCCUGACCUGGGAUGAGGAUGGAGAUUUUGGUGACGCCUGGGCCAGGAUCCCCUUUGCUUUCUGGGCCAGAUACCAUCAGUACAUUCUGAAUAGCAACCGUGCCAACCGGAGGGCCACUUGGAGAGCUGGCGUCAGCAGUGGCACCAAUGGUGGGGCCAGCACCAGCAUUCUAGAUGGGCCCAGCACCAGCUCCACCAUCCGGACCAGAAAUGCCGCCAGAACGAGUGCCAACUUCUUCUCCUGGAUCCAACAACGCUGAUGAACCGCGGCAGUCCCUCACCAAGCCAGAGUGCCUCCUCGGAUCCCUCCUUCACACGGCACUCUAGGCAGCUUCUACCUGCCCAUCCAAGAUGGCAUGCAAGAUGAAGCUCUCUUUGCCCUUCCUGCUUUUGUUGUGUGCUUUUGUUGUGCGCUUUUGUCGUGUUUUCAUGUUUUUGGUAUCAGUGUUACAGUAAAGUUGCAAAAUUA